GCUAGUGCCAACAAUAAGUAUCCUCGUUUUGGUUUCGAACAAGCUUUUACUCAAUCUUCUUAUGUAUGGUCAGUUUUUGGUAUAUUCUCUCAUUACUGCUAUAGUUUACCUAGAUUUAAAACUAAAAAUAGAAAUAAUAUACAAACUAGUUCUGUAACUUUUGCUACUCGUAGUAUGCCUUGUUUAGUAGAGUUUUUUAAUGAUUUUUACCUUAACGGAAAAAAAAUUGUCCCUGAGAAUAUUUAUCGUAUAUUAGCUCCUGUUUCUCUAGCUCAUCUUAUUAUGGCUGACGGUACUGCUGUAUCUGGUGGUAUAAGAAUUUGUACUGAUUCUUUUACUGUGCAAGAUGUAGUUAGAUUAGUUAAUGUGUUAAUCAUUAAAUACAGACUUAAAUGUACAUUACAUAUGGUGGAUAACAAACCUAGAAUAUUUAUUAGUUCAAAGUCUAUGGAUUUAUUGUCAUCCAUUAUAAAUCCCUACAUUGUACCUAGUAUGAAGUAUAAAUUAAUAACACAAUCUAGCAUAUCUAGCCAAAUAAAAAAGUAA